AAUAUCGGUGAGUGAACAUUUCACAACAUCCUCGGUAAGUAAACGUAGAAUUACAUAAGAAGGCACGUUUAUAGGUACCUUUAGGACAUCUAUAUUAUAUAUAGAAAUGGAAGAGACUACUCCAAUGGAGGGGGUUGAGGAGGGAACUGUGCCAGAGCAACCUGAGGAAGAGGAGGGCACUGUCAUUGACACGGGGGUGCUGCACAUCACUGUCCCUCCUCCCCCACCCCCGCCCAUGAAGGCAGAUGGUACAGGCCCGAGGCUGGUCAUCACACACAUUGUCAAUGAGAACUUCAAGUCCUACGCUGGCAAACAGAUUCUGGGACCAUUCCAUAAGAGUUUCUCAUGCAUCGUCGGCCCCAACGGUAGCGGGAAGUCGAACGUGAUUGACGCCAUGCUGUUUGUGUUCGGAUACCGUGCCCAGAAGAUCCGCUCCAAGAAGAUCUCAGUCCUGAUCCACAACUCUGACCAACACAGAGACCUGACCAGCUGUACUGUCAGUGUGCACUUCCAGAAGAUACUGGACAAGCCUGGCGAUGAUUUUGAGGUUGUCCCUGGCAGCAAGUUCGUUGUCUCCCGUACUGCCAACAAGGACAACACGUCUGCGUACUACGUGGACGGGCGGAGGAUGCAGUUUAAGGAAGUUGCUGCCCUGCUGCGUGGACACGGCAUUGACCUGGACCAUAAUAGGUUCCUCAUCCUGCAGGGAGAGGUAGAACAGAUCUCCAUGAUGAAGCCCAAGGCUCAGACAGAGCAUGAUGAGGGGAUGUUGGAGUAUCUGGAGGACAUCAUCGGCAGCUCGCGCUUCAAGCAACCCAUCGAACAGCUGGAUAAAGCCGUGGAGGAACUCAACGAACAGAGGGGAGAGAAGUUGAAUCGUGUAAAAGCAGUGGAGAAGGAGAAGGAUGAGCUGGAGGGGUCUAAGAAUGAAGCCAUGGCCUGGCUGGCUGCAGAAAAUGAAGUCACCAUCAGGAAGCACAAGUUGUACCAGGUCUACAUCCAUGAGUGCACAGCUAAUCAGAAGCUGGCAGAAGCAAAGGUGGCAGAGAUUAAAGAAGGGAUGGCAGGAACAGACGAGGAACUACAGAAACUGGAGGAAGAAAAGAAGGCCAAAACAAAGGACAGCAAGAAGGCCAACAAGGCACUUGAGAAACUCCAGAACGAGUGUACAGAAAACAAGGAGAAGUUCUCUGAGUUUGAACGUCAAGACGUGAAGCUUCGAGAGGACCUGAAACACGGCAAGAGCAAGGAUAAGAAACUCAGGGCCUCCCUGGAGUCGGAGAAAAAGAAGCUGGAGGAACUGCGCCUGGUGCCUGGCAAGAGUGAGAAGGAGAUAGAAGAACAGACCAAGAAAAUUGAACACCUGGAGAAGAAACAGAAGGUGGAGGAAGAAAAGGUUGCCGAGGUCAUGGCCAGCCUUAAAACUGAGACUCAGGGACUGCAGAAGGAAAAGGAGGAAAAAGAGACUGUCCUGAUGGGUCUACAGAAGGAUCUGAAUGAGACCAAGUCCAAGACAGCCGUGGCCCAGUCGGAGCUGGACAUCUACCUCAGUCGCUAUGACAACGCUGUCAGUCAGCUGCAGGGGGCAGAGCAGAACCUGGACACUGCAGUCAACACUCUCAAGGACAGGAAAAGUGGCAUCAAGGACGUGGAGAAGCGUAUCCCAGAGUGUGAGAAGGAACUACAGAAAGCCAGGACUGACCUGGAGAAAGUCACAAAGGAUGAGGCAGAGGUGGCACAGGAGUUGAGAAAAUGCCGUAUGAAGGUGGAAGACGCCCGAAGCUCCAUGCAGGCACAAAGGAGUCGUGGGAAGGUUCUGGAGGCUCUCAUGCUACAGAAGCAGUCUGGGAAGAUACCCGGCAUCUUUGGGAGACUGGGUGACCUAGGAGCCAUCGAUGAUAAGUACGACGUAGCGAUCUCCACGGCGUGUGGCAACCUGGACACCAUCCUGGUAGACACCAUGGACACGGCUCAGAAGUGUGUCAACUUCCUCAAGAAGGCCGACAUCGGCAGGGCUAAGUUCCUGGGUCUGGACCAGCAACAAAGGUACAGGGCAAGUUGCCAGAACAAGAUCAAGACUCCAGAGAACAUCCCCCGUCUGUUUGACCUUGUGAAGGUGAAAGAUGAGAAGGUCCUGCCUGCGUUUUACUAUGCCCUGCGUGACACCCUGGUGGCAGAUAACCUGGAUCAGGCCACGCGAUGUGCCUUCCAGGGCAGCCAGCGCUACCGGGUGGUCACACUCACAGGACAGAUCAUCGACGUGGCAGGAACUAUGACUGGAGGUGGUACUAAGGUAAUUAAAGGCAGGAUGGGGUCCUCUGUUGUCAGUGACUUCGACCCUAGGGAAGUGGAGAACAUGGAGAACAAGCUUGCACGACUGUCUCAGGAAGCCCAGCAGCUGAAGGAGAGGAAACACGGCCUGGAGGAGACUGUACAACGUUUGGAGAGGGAACUCACCAAGAUUAAAAUGGACCAGAAGAAGUUUGACAUGGACAUCAAGGCCCUGACAGAACAGGAGGUGACCCUGAAGCAGCAGGUUACAGAACUACAGCAGCAGGUCAAGGAGGCAGAACCAGACAAGGCACAACAAGCCAGGCUGGAGAAAACUCUGGCUGCUCACAAGAAAGAAUAUGAAAAAGCUGCAGAGGCAUCUUCAAAAGUGGAGGCGGAAGUACAAAGCCUUCACAAGAAGAUCAUGGACAUCAGUAACAGUAAGAUGAAGUCAGCCCAGGACAAGUUGGACCAGGUCAACAAGGAAAUUGACGAGGCCAACGCAGCAGUCACCAAGGCCAAGGUCGCCAACAAAACUGCUAAAAGAAACAUCACCAAAACUGAGGAGAAGAUUGGGAAGCUGGAGAAGGAUAUAGAAGACAACAAGACGGCCAUCGAUCAGUUCGAGGCAGACUUCUCCCAACUAGAAGAGAAGGCUACAGAGGUCUUGAACCUCUUCACAGAGUCCAAGGAAAAGAUGCAGGAAGUGGAGGCAGUAGUAGCAGACAUUAAGAAGGAGCUGGACAGUCUGGAGGCCAAACAGAAUGAGCUGAAGAGUGCUCAUGUGGACAUCAGGCACCAACUGGAGGAAAAAGUUAAUGCAGUCAAAGAGAACCAGGGCAAGAUCAAGUACUGGAAAAAGGAGAUAGAGAAGAUGGUUCUGCAUGAGGUUGAUGAUGAGAAGGCCCCGCGUGAGCUGCAGGAGCUGACAGAAGAGGAGAUCAGUGCCAUCAACGCACAGCAGCUACAGUUUGAGAUCACCGUACAGGAGGAGAAACAAGCAGAGUUCAAACCUAACAUGGCUGCCAUCAACGAGUACAGGAAAAAGGAGCAAAUGUACCUGAAGCGUGUCUCAGAACUUGAUGAGAUCACGAGUCGACGUGACCAGCAGCGGAAGGCCUUCGAGGACCUCCGUAAGCAGCGGCUGGAUGAGUUCAUGGCAGGGUUCGGAGUCAUCACUAACAAGCUGAAGGAGAUGUACCAGAUGAUCACACUGGGCGGAGAUGCUGAGCUGGAACUGGUGGACAGUCUGGACCCCUUCUCAGAGGGGAUCGUCUUCAGUGUUCGACCUCCCAAGAAGAGCUGGAAGAACAUCUCCAACCUGUCAGGAGGAGAGAAGACCCUGAGUUCCCUGGCCCUGGUGUUUGCCCUGCACCACUACAAGCCCACUCCUCUGUAUGUCAUGGACGAGAUCGAUGCAGCUCUGGACUUCAAGAACGUGUCUAUUGUGGCCAGCUAUAUCAAGGAACGUACCAAGAAUGCACAGUUCAUCAUCAUCUCACUCCGUAACAACAUGUUUGAGCUGGCUGACCGCCUGGUCGGGAUCUACAAGACCAACAACAGCACCAAAAGUGUCGCUAUCGACCCAGCUGUCAUAUCUGAGAGGGCAGCAGCCGUGGCAUGAUAACCUCAUUUUCAGAGUGAAAAGGCUACUAUCACUCUACUAACGCAAAAAAGGCUACUACCCUGCACUAGCCUUGAUAGUAGCCUUUUUCACUUUUUGUGGUAAGAUCUCAUGGUCCCUUCCCAGGCAAAAAAACUUAACCUACACAAAGUCUACCUGCCAGUCAUUUGAACCUUUUUUGCAGAUUUUGAAAAGACGCACUGACUGGCCAAACCUCACAAGUGAUUGGACUGCAGAGGUUUGAGGUCAUCCAAUCAGCAGAGGCCCUGUUGAAUGCAUUAGCUCAUCAAGUAAUGUCAUCACCUGGUGCAUAGAAAUUCUUUAGGUCCAGUAUUUUUGUCAGGGAAGCGACUGAAAGAGCUGAGAGAUGGCUUCCAGGCUACUCCAGCACUAUGUACAUUAUCAUUGGUUACAACUCUGUGUAAUCUGUCUGUGACUUUUACAUACAUGUCAAGUCCUGUCCAACUCCUUCCUGACAAACUUUUAAACUAUUCUGGAUAUAAUUUUGUAGAUGUUAGAAAUAUGUAAAAAUCAUUGCAAAUGAUUUGAACUACAAGUAUUGGAGAUAAUUUUCCAACAUGGACCAGUUGUAUGUGCCAUUACUGUUUUGUCCUUACUGUUAACUUUCUACUUAUAACUUUUUUCUUUUGUUUGCUGUAAAAUGAGUGACUGCUAUGUGAUGUUUAUUA